UCUUCAGCCUGGAAAUGACCUGUGCAAGCAUUGAGUAGUGAACGCCUCCCCCUUCUCAUAAGGCUCCACCCAUGCCACAGAUCCACCAUGCUGUAUGGCCAGAUCCUUCACAGGCGUGGCACAGACGAAAGCUUCCUCAACCUUAACGUGGGCGGCUUUAAGCAGCACGUGGAGCGCAGCAUCCUGCAGCGCUUCCCCAGGACCCGCCUGGGGUGCCUGUUGGGCUGCGUCUCCGAGGAGGCCAUCCUGGAGCUUUGCGAUGACUUCAGCCCCACCGACAAGGAGUACUAUUUUGACCGCAACCCGCAUUUCUUCCGCUAUGUCCUUAACUUCUACCACACGGGCAAGAUCCACCUGAUGGAGGAGCUGUGUGUCUUCUCCUUCAGCCAGGAGAUUGAGUACUGGGGCAUCAAGGAGCUCCACCUGGACUCCUGCUGCAGCAACAAGUUUCAAGAGCAGAGGGAGUUUGCAGAGGACAAGGACUGGGACCGGAGGAGCGAUGAGCAACAUCAGCAGUUCAGGAGCAUUGACUCAUCCAUGGAGGAUCUCUCAACUAUAGACCAGGACUUGGAGAAGUUUGAGGGUACCUGGUGCUCGGAGGUCCGCAAGAACAUCUGGCUGCGCCUGGAGAACCCAGGCUACUCACGUUUGGCCAAGGUGAUCGCUGUGGCCUCACUGGCCAUGGUGCUGACCUCCAUCGUGGCCAUGUGCAUCCACAGCAUUCCCGAGUUCCACCAGGUGGACCUCAACGACAAGGAGAUUGAAGACCCAGUGCUGGCUAUCUUCGAGGCUGUGUGCGUUGUCAGCUUCUCUGUGGAGUUCCUGGUGCGGCUUUCCGUGGCACCGUGCCCCCGGAAAUUCCUGAGUAACGCGCUCAACAUCAUCGACUUUGUGUCCAUCGUGCCUUUCUACGCCACGUUGGCCUUUGAGAUGGUGGACGAGGAGAACGAGGAGCUGGAAAACGUGGGGAAGGUAGUGCAGAUCCUGCGGCUGAUGCGCAUGUUCCGCAUCCUCAAGCUGGCCCGCCACUCAGCGGGGCUGCGCUCGUUGGGCGCCACGCUAAGGCAUAGCUACCAUGAGGUGGGCCUCCUGAUGCUCUUUCUCUAUGUGGGCAUUUCCAUCUUCUCCACCCUCAUCUACUUUGUGGAGAAGGAGUCAGAGGAGUCGGACAUAACGACCAUCCCUGUGGGCUGGUGGUGGGCCACUAUUAGCAUGACGACGGUGGGCUACGGCGACACCUGCCCAGUGACGGUGUUAGGGAAGCUAGUGGCAACCCUGUGCAUCAUCUGUGGGCUGCUGGUGGUGGCCCUGCCUAUCACCAUUAUCUUCAACAAGUUCUCCAUGUACUACCAAAGGCAAAAGGCCAUGGAUGCUGAUCAGACCAAUAAUGAGGCGGACCAAUGCAAUAAUAACGAUAUUGAGAUCCCCGACCCCAGUAUACCUUACUUUAAUGCCGGGGACCUGUACACCCAAAAGAUGAACUCAUUCAUCGCCAGUAUCUCUGUCAGGAGCAGCAUCGGCAGUAAUAAGGACACAGACAUCUCGAGUAUCCAGGAUGGAGAGACGACUUGUAUCCUGAGGGGCACUUGAGAGCUCAACUUACUAGACUUAAACCCUUUUACUCCUUGAGGAGCAUAGGUCAUCCACAAAUGAUCUUCUUAACUUUUGGGCCAGUUUCUCAAGUUCCAUGGGUAGUUCAGUUCUUCAAUCUUUACAUUACACAUCUUCUCCAGGUGUUCCUUGGUCUCCCACGGUUUCCUUUACCUUGUGGGAUCCAUAUAAGGGACUGGAACAGUGGAUGCUGACUUUCUUGGUGUGGCCACAGUUGAAAGCGAGGAGGAGAAAUAGUACCACCCUGCUUUCACCUGAGGCUUUUGAAAUAGCUGUACAUGGCCAAAAGCACUCUCCGGUUCCCAGGGUGAAAAUAAGUGUGCUGUAUCUCUCCACGUUCUUGUCCUUAGAGACUACGAUCCAUUAGGCCUAAGACUUGGCCUGUUUUGCAUUAGUGACUUGAGGACCUAUUUUCAGCAGUAUCUGUCAAGAUUUAUUUUGAAUCAAUACUUUUUAUUUUCACAUGGCAAUCAUAUGGAAUGAAAUAGCCAUGGUUUGAAACAAAAUUACAUUUAGCAAUGUCUGGCAAGCAUCUACUCAAUGGCAUGCUACUGCAUUUCUCCUUCUCUUCUAUACUAAUAAUUGAAAGAGACAACUGCACAUGUGCUUUAAGGAUGAAGUCAGUAUAGGGUGUCUAUUGCAGUAAUAAUGUAUGACCUUUGAGAUUUUACUUAACUCGGCAAGUCAGUUAAGAACAAAUUCUUAUUUACAAUAAUAGCCUAGGAAGAGUGGGUUAACUGCCUUGUUCAGGGGCAGAACAACAGAUUUUCACCUUGUCAGUUCAGGGAUUCGAUCUAGCAACCAUGCGGUUACUGACCCAACGCUCUAACCACUAGGCUACUUGGCUACCUGCCGACAAGCUGUGGCUUGUCUUUAAAAAUUCAUUGCAUCAAUCUCUGCUUCAGCUGUCAGUCAAUUAUGCAAUACCUGCCACAUGACCAUGAGUUGCUUACCUAUUUUAGGUCAUAAAAUAUUUCCCAUAUCAGCUGGCCAUGCCAGGAAAGGCACUUCUUAGCAAAUAUGACAGACACACAUACAGCACAAACAUACAGAUAUAUUGAAUAUUAGUUACACAUUACUGUUUUAUGCCCUGUGUGAAGCUUAUCGUCCUGAACACAUUUUUACUUAACCAGAAUUUCAUUAAUUUGACAUUGUUCAAAGGUGCACAAAAUAUGCUUUGCCUGUCUCUCUCUCUCUCUCAAUCUCUCUUUUUAAAUCCGCCUUUUUCAUCUCUUCCAUCUGAUCUCCCUGAAUGCACUCAGAGGGAUGUCUCGCUCAGAUUAAGACGUGUACAUCAGAUCGAUCAGAGAGGGAAAGGCCAAACAUUGGGGCUGCGAUCCAAGAAUUAUAAUGUAAUGCCCCGGCCAAAAGUGCUUUCCCAAAUACCCCAGGUAAUCCAAUUGAUUUGUUCUCAUUUUGGAGGUGAUCAUUGAUCAAAGUGUCUCCACUGAAUUCAAAUCGCACCUGUCUUAGCAGGUAACUACCUACCCUUUGCAAAUAUAAAUGUAAUUUACAAGUGUCGUCAGUCAAUUGUUUAUUUUUCUGCUAUUACUCUAAAACGUGGCAGAACCAUUUAAAAAAAAUACUGCUGUAAUUGAGUUUGGUUUGGCAUAGGUACAUCCAAGUCUAUAUGUCUUUUGACAUUGCUUUUAUAUCACCUAGAAUAUCAGAUUAUUAGUUAAUCUGCAGAGACAGACAUUUGUCUUCAGGUCUGCUCCAAAAAAUAUACAAAUACAACAAUGUCAAUGUCCGAAAGCUCUGGCUAUCAGUGUACCUUGACUGUAUUACCUACAUUAUACUGUCACUUUAUUUGCCUUAAAAUGAAAUUCCGGAACUAUUUCGUGAAUGCAACAAAGAUGUGACUGUGUGAUAGGCUCAAAUACAAUGUGUGUGUUUUUUCUUAGCAUGUUUAAAAAAUAUAUAUAUCAUCCACCACCAUGCAGACCAUUUGAAGUAUAGACUGAAUUUACCACAAGCUAAGCUAUUGAAAUUAAACUGGCUUUUUUGGCAGCAAGCUGCAGUUGAUAGGGAUUGUUAAGCAAGCCUGAUACUGAUAUUUAAACAAAUGUUUACGUAGCACUGCAGAGUGUGUCAUUACCCUUUAUGAGAUAUUAAUUACGUGACCUUUUAUUGUAGACCUGAUAAUUGAGUGUCAACCAACCGUUAUAGCCUUCCACAUUAUUAUAAUUAGAGCAAUAAAAUUUACACUGUCCUCAUGACAGCUUUACUUUGACUAUAUGCGGUACACUUUUGAAUAGAUUUCGUGUAGUUGAAAAUACAGCAUGAACUGCAUAUACCCCCUUACCUAAUACAGGCUAAUGAUUUUGUUUCUAACCCAGAAUAAUAUUUUACACUCAUUCAGGCAUUGUAAAUGUUACAUUUAAUGACAUCAACAAUUGCACAAAUGUCAGGCUCUAAUGAAAAAUGUCAAUAAAUGACUAACAACAUGUCUUGAAAGAAAAACCCACCAGUGGUCACUAUUGGCCCACUAGCAACAGCUGACUCAUACCACCAUGUCUAAGUAAAGGGGCAUCAUGCACCCCAAAAAUCUGAGAGGUCACAAAGUACGUGAGAAUGGCUUGGGGGUGGUCCGGAGAACAGAACAGAACAGAUGAACCAGAAUGAUAUUUACUCUCAUGGGUCGCCCCCCCCCAAAAAAAAAGUUCUGAAAGCCACGCCCCUACUAAGCCACGCUUCCAGUUUAAAAUGUAUGUAGUUCCGUCCUUGAGCUGUUCUGUAUUAUGUCAUUCUGUAUUAUAUGUUUCAUUGUCAUUCUGUUUCAUGUUUUGUGUGGACCCCAGGAAGAGGAGUUGCUGCUUUUGCAACAGCUAAUGGGGAUCCUAAUAAAAUACCAAA